AGCUCUGCGUCUUCUUCCCCGCGGUGUUUUGCAGAAGCCUUGAACAGUCCGAACGAUGUCCUGCUGUGUCCCCAGCUGCGGCGUGGCCACCCCGGCCCCUCUGGCUGACACCUGCAACGAGCCCUGCGUGCGCCAGUGCCCCGACUCCACGGUGGUCAUCCAGCCUCCGGCCUCGGUGGUCACCUUCCCCGGGCCCAUCCUCAGCUCCUUCCCGCAGCAGAGCGCCGUGGGCUCGGCCGGAGCUCCCUACGUCGGCGGCGGCUUCGGGGGCUCCGCCGGGAGCCGUGGGGGCUCCGGGGGCUUUGGGGGCUCCGGCGGCUCCGGGGGCUUUGGGGGCAUGGGUGGUUAUGGAGGUUUUGGGGGCAGCUGCGGCGGCUCCCGAAGCUGCGGGCCCUGCUAAGGCCCGGCCCGAGCGCGGCCCCGGCCCCGGCGGAGCUCCAGGAGCGGCCCCGGCGCAUCCCCGCCCGCCGCGGCCCGGGCCCCGCAGGGAGCCCUCGGCGGGGGCCCCGCGCUGCUGCCCCGCGCCCGCUGCCCUCGCACGCCAAUAAAAGCUGCCUCGCCUUGCAAUGUUCUCCCGCCUCUCGUUCUCUCUUUGCUCCGCGCCCGCCGCCCCGGGCCCGGCGCCGCUCCCGCCGCGCCUCCGGGCGGUCCCGCCCGCUGCGGGCGCGGCACAAGCGCCGCCACUGCCGGGGCUCCUCCUGCCCGCGCUGGGCCAGCGCAGCUCGCCCCGAGCCAGGCCCUGCUCCGCUCCUCGGCCCGGCCUCUGCCCCUGUCCCUGCCCGCCUCUGCCCGCCCCGGGUCCAGCUCUGCAGCCCCGGCACC